AUGGGUGUUCAUGCGUUGUGGGAUAUUGUUGGUCCUACUGCAAAACCAGUGCGGCUGGAGUCGCUGAGUAAUAAACGCCUAGCUGUGGAUGCAUCGAUUUGGAUCUACCAAUUCCUGAAAGCUGUUAGGGAUAAGGAGGGAAAUGCCAUGAGAUAUUCUCAUAUCGUGGGAUUCUUCAGGCGGAUUUGCAAGCUGCUAUAUUUUGGAGUUAAACCGGUAUUUGUUUUUGAUGGUGGAGCUCCAGCCUUGAAGAGGCGAACAAUUCAACAGCGUAAAGAAAGACGUCAAGGCCGCCGAGAUAAUGCUGCAAAUACUGCGAAGAAACUCUUAGCUCGCCAAAUGCAAAAUGAGGGUUCUGGAACUUCUGCCACGACUAUUUCCCAGCCGCAUAUCCAUAAACUUAACGACGAAUAUGAUUUGCCGCAAAUCCAGGGGUUCAAGUAUGAUGAGAAAGACGCGAGAAUCAAUGCUGAUGAUUUCAAGUCUAUCAUGGAAAGUAUCGAUGAGUUAGAUGGUGUCGAUCUUGACUCUGUGAAUCCGGCCUCCAAAGAUUUCGACGAACUGCCGAAAUCUACUCAGUACAUGAUUUUAUCGGCCUUGAGAUUAAAGUCGAGGUUGAGAAUGGGAUAUUCUAAAGAACAGCUAGAGAACAUCUUCCCCGACAGCAUGGAUUUCUCGAAAUUUCAAAUUGAUAUGGUCAAGAGGCGUAAUUUCUUUACUCAAAAGCUUAUGAAUGCCACCGAUACUCAUGAUGGCGGCGCCUCCAAAUCGGAAAAUGAACCUCACAAGAGAAUAGCAGGACAGCGCGGUAAGAAAUAUGAACUUGUACGAACUGAAGAUGGCUGGGCGUUGAGCUUAACAGGAGCCGACGGCUCUGAAAUUAGCAAAGCUAUUGUUGUUGAUGAAAGUCCUCAGAAGUCGAAACUGCAACAAUACGGCAGCAAAGCUGAUGACGAAGAAGACGAAGAUAUAGACUGGGAAGACGUAGACGUUGAAAAAAAGGACAAAGACGAGAAACUGGAUUAUUCGGUCAAAGCUUCUUUACUUCCCGUAAUGGCAACAACAAAGAAGUCUGGAGGAGGGCAAUCUUUCUUAGAUAAAAGACAAGCGGAUUCGGAGUCAGGUAAGGCACAUGAAGUUCUAUAUAUUCCAGAUGAAGUAGUUUGGGAGAAAGAAAUUCCGAACCGCGAGUAUUCCGAGGAGAACGAUGAUGAUGAUGACUACGCAGAUUUGACUAAAGAUAUUCAAAUAAUGAACAGUGUUGUGAACUCUAAAAGAGCUAGUAAACAACAUACUGCGGAUGCGAAGGAUUCUAACAAUGAUACUCAUGAUGUGGAUGGCGAACAAAAGAGAAAUUCAAUAACGACGCUCGAGAAUAUGAGCUCGCCGACUCAACAGGUUGAAGAGACUGAAAAAUACCGAGAGAAAAUCAAUGGUGAUCUUCAAGAGCCUAUGGCGGCUACGAUCUAUCAGCCUGCUAGAGUACCCACAGAGUCCGAACAAAAUCUACAGUUUGUUUUAGAACAAAUACCCCAGGAAGAUGAAAACACAAUAGUCAGCUCUAUCGAAGAGCAUAAUACGAACGAAGAGGCCUCUACCGAAAACCCCAAGCCACCAACACCAGAGUGGUUCAGGCCUUCUGGGCCUUCCGAUUUCAACCCCCACCUUGGAACUUCCUUUCUUGCGAGCAACAACAAUGACGCCGAGGCGGCGCUUACUGAAGAUGAGAAAUUAGGACUGCUCUCAGGACCAAGAGCUGCUGAGAUUAUUGCACAAAGAAUUGAUGAAGAAGAAGAACGUAGUAGUUCAAAUGAACAAGAUUUGAUGGAGAUUCUUCCUGACGAAAGCUCAGCAGUCAGACCGCCUUCAGAAGAACUAGAUGUUGGCAUACAAAGUCAGAGCACAAGACCGGUUCCUGUCAUAGAUUAUGACUUUUCGGAAGACGAGGAAGACGCCUUAGUUGAUCAAUUAAGAGAGGAGGAGCAAGAUUACGAUGUGUUUAAGACUUCUUUGAAUCCGUCAAGUGUUAAUACGACAUUUGCGGAUGAGGCUUUAGUUAACCAACAGAUGCGAGACAAGAGAGACUCUGAUGAGGUCACAGCGGCUAUGGUCACCGAGGUUCAAGAGCUUUUGACAAGGUUUGGGAUCCCUUAUUUGACAGCACCCAUGGAAGCGGAGGCUCAAUGUGCCGAGCUUCUUAUAUUACAACUAGUUGAUGGUAUUAUUACUGACGAUAGCGACAUUUUUCUAUUCGGCGGAGACAAGAUCUACAAGAAUAUGUUCCAGGAAAAGAACUAUGUCGAGUUUUAUUACAGUGACAUGAUACAGAAAGAACUGGGCUUAGAUAGAGAGAAGUUUAUUGAACUAGCACAGUUGUUGGGGAGUGAUUAUACGACAGGUGUCAAGAGCGUAGGCCCCGUUUCAGCUAUGGAAAUUCUAGCAGAAUUUGGGAAUUUGGCCCAGUUUCGGGAUUGGUACAAUGCAGGGCAGUUUGACAAGCAAACUCAACAAAAUGAGUCGCCCUUUGAAAAGAAACUGCGUAAAAAGCUAACCACAAAUGAAGUAAUGCUGGGAUCUGAGUUUCCUAGCGAUAUAGUAAGAGAAGGCUAUAUCCGUCCAGAAGUAGACCACGACACCACCAAAUUUACAUGGGGAGUACCCGAUCUAGAUAAACUUCGGACAUUUUUCUCAACAACUGUUGGAUGGCCGCAGGAGAAGACGGAUGAAGUCAUGAUUCCUCUGAUAAGAGAAGUCAAUAGCCGCAAGAAAACCGGUAUUCAAAAUACUUUGACCAAUUUCUUCCCCUCUGAGUACAUCAAGGCAGGAAAAGAUCUCAAGUUGGGAAAAAGAAUUAAAAAUGCUAGUGGUAAGCUUAAAUUAAAGAAGCAGCGCACCAAAUGA